AUGGCGGAAGCUGAAGACGACAAUUCGUGGAUAACUGAGCUGGAAACUGCUCUGGUUGAAGAAUGUGAUUUUGGAUCUCUGAGAAAUAUAUGCAAAGGUCGACCAGUGCCAGACCAUUUACGAUCAGAGGUUUGGCAAAUAUGCCUCAAUGUACAUGGCAAGGGAGAUGCGCUGUCCUCGUUCAACGGCCUCUAUGACAUGGAUGAACAAACUCAGCUGAGAGAAGACUGUUCCGCUCUAGUUGAUAAACUGGGCAACGAUGAAGAAGACAAAGUUUCCAUCGUCAGUGACCUCGAGUCGAUAAUCACGUUUUACUGCAAGUCCCGCAAUGAGAAAUAUACCUCGUCCAGUGGCUGGCUCGAUUUACUCCAGCCUCUCCUGGCUCUCAAGCUGUCGAGAUCAGAACUCUAUAACUGUUUCUAUGCCCUCGUUAACAGAUAUAUUCCCAGAGAUUGUGUGAAGAACGGGAAACCAUUCCAUUUGUUUCGUCUUCUGUUGCAAUACCAUGACCCAGAACUCUGCUCGUUCCUCGACACGAAAAGAAUAACUGCAGACAUGUUUGCUCAACCGUGGUUCCGGAGCAUGUUUGCGGCGUCGUGUGAUCUGAAGAUAAUUCUCAAGAUGUGGGACGUGUGUUUACAGCAUGCCGACCCCUUCCUGAGUUUCUUCCUCGCUCUCGUUAUUCUAGUCAAUGCCAGGGAAAUGAUUACUGAAGAUAAAAAAUUGAACAAGAGAGAAAUCAUCGAAAUGGCUUCAACGUUUCCAAGUGCUAUAGAGUCUGAAGAUAUUGAAGAUUUCUGCACAUUAGCUCAGUAUUACGCAUCAAAAACACCACAGUCUUUUAGGAGGGACUUCCAGACCCCAUUGUUUGGUACGAGUGUGGUCUCGCAGAACGACAGUUCAGAGGAACAGGUGUCCCAGGCUCUGUGUCUGCCGGUGUCUGUCGGAGAACUAAUGCAGGCCAACCAGCUAGGAGCAAAGUCGGGUGGUUCAUUUCAGGGAGACGGUGUUCGGUAUUUUGUCGUGGAUUGUCGACCAGCUGAUCAGUACAACAGCGGACAUCUUCCAACUGCAUUUCAUCUUGAUGCCAACCUCAUGUUACAGAACCCUGAAGAGUUCAGCUCAGCUGUUCAAGCAUUGUGGACCACGCAGAAACAAGCCAUUGCUGCAGGCUCGGUGGCGGGCGGGGAACACCUCUGCUUCAUGGGCAGUGGGCGAGAAGAGGAGGACCAGUAUGUCAACAUGGUGGUGGCCAACUUUCUCCAGAAGGGAUCACAGUACGUCAGCAUUGCCAAGGGAGGCUACUCAGAGCUGCACCAGGUGUUGAGAGACAACCUGUCUGAGGGCCUGGCAGAUCACAACUCUAAGCGCUGUAUUAUCUGUUGUCCUGACAAUGCUAGCAGUGCCAGCGAUGUGGAAAACGGGGACGACUUCGGUCCAUUGAAAACGGCUACUCAGGAUUUGUUUGGGAAAUUGUCGAUCGUUGUGAAGAGCAAGUCCGUGGAAAUGAAGGAGAAAUUCGCUAGUUACAUGAAAAAUGAACAAGUACCUGUUGAAAGACAUAUAAGCAAUACUGAUCGACUUGGAAAACGUUACAGAAACAUGGCAAACGUGUUCACGAUCGGUGACGACGAUGAGGGUGACGAUGGGGCGGUACCAAUGUCGUCCGACGAUGAACACAGGGAGACGGUCAGUCUGGACACAUGGCUGAAGAAACCGGAGGUCGUCUACUCGUGUCAAUGUCAGGAGGUCAGAGAGGACGGGUACAUGUUUCCCAGUCACCUGUUGGUUACAUCAACACAUCUGUACAUUCUUCGAGAUAUUCCUAACCGUAAAGGAAUGGUGUACAUCAUGGGGAGACGAGCGCUUGGUAGCAUUGUGAAAAUCACGUCAAAGAAAAAACACCCGGACUUUAUCACUCUGAAAUAUGGAACAAGUGACGAUGAUGGCUUUCAUAUUACAAACCUCGACAGAUUCAUAAUCCCUCGUGCUGGAGAGGCCACAAAAAUUAUUAAACAGCAAAUUAUUAAAGUACUGGAUGCUUUGGAUAGCUAGCGAUAGAAAGCAACAAAAAACCCAGAAGAGAUUUGUGGCUAAUGUGCAAAUAUAGGCCUAACUAUUGAGAAUCCUCUUAAAAUAAACGCAGAAAUUUUAAUUGUUCUAAACCUCAGAAGCAUGAAGAUUCAAAAUUCUCGAACUUUCGUGGAGAGGGGUUAACCAUACUCAAUAUAGUCGGAGUAAGAGGAGCAGUACAGUUGGUUCAAUAUUUCGGACCCCUCAGAUUGAAUUUAGGGAUACGCCCUCGAAAUUUCAUGGAAAGGGGUUAACCAUACUCCGCAAUAUAGUCGGAGUAAGAGGAGCAGUACAGUUGGUUCAAUAUUUCGGACCCCUCAGGUUGAAUUUAGGGAUACGCCCUCGAAAACUGAAGUCUGUAAACUUGACUUUCAAACCAUAUCUCGGGGUUUUAAAGGGUCAUUCCUGAGUUUGCUGCAUUGUAAGCUGCUUUCGACUAAUAAAAUAUUUCUGUGAUUAAACUUACAUAUUAAAUAUAUUUUUGUGUUUAGAAUAUCAGUGUGCGUAUAUUCCAUGUG